ACCGCGGUCUGCGCAUGGAGACCAUGGCGUUAGUCCGGACCGUCUGACUUGGUGUUAUACAAAUACGGUUAGAAUAACCGAUCCACACCCUCGUCCGCAGCGCGAGUCCCGGCUUCCGUGAAAGCUGAAAAUGGGGUCUCGGCUCAGGGAGAGCCCCCAGUCCACCUUCGAGGUCUACGUGGAGGUGGUGCACCCUGGAACCACUGGCUCAAGUCCCGAGGUGCGAAGGCGCUUCCCUGAGGACUCCGUCGAUCAGGAAACUCUUCAGACCCUCCCCAAGUUCUGCUUCCCCUUCAACAUGGACAGCCCGACCGUGACCCAGGUGGGCCAGAACUUCACCUUUGUGCUGACGGACAUCGAGAGCAAGCAGAGAUUUGGCUUCUGCCGCCUGUCUGCUGGGGCCCACAACUGCUUCUGCAUCCUCAGUUAUCUGCCGUGGUUUGAAGUCUUCUACAAGAUCCUGAAUAUUCUUGCAGACUACACUGUUAAGGGCCAGGAGAGCCAGUGGAGGGAGCUGUUGGAAACGCUGCAUUCCCUCCCUAUCCCUGAGCCUGGAGUGCCCCUUCAUCUCAGUGUGCAUACCUACUUUACUGUGCCUGACCUCAGAGAGCUGCCCAGCAUCCCGGAGAAUAGGAACCUGACAGAGUACUUCGUGGCGGUUGAUGUGAAUAACAUGCUACACCUAUAUGCUAGCAUGCUGUACGAGCGUAGGAUCAUCAUCUCCUCCAGUAAACUCAGCACUCUAACGGCCUGUGUGCACGGCUCGGCGGCCAUGCUCUACCCCAUGUACUGGCAGCAUGUUUACAUUCCUGUCCUCCCUCAGCACCUUAUAGACUACUGCUGUGCCCCCAUGCCCUACCUUAUCGGAGUGCAUUCCAGUCUGAUGGAGAAGCUGAAGGGUGUAGCCCUGGAGGAUGUGGUCAUCCUAAAUGUUGACACCAACACCUUGGAGACACCCUUUGAUGACCUCCAAAGUCUUCCCAGUGAUGUGGUCUCCUCCCUGAAGAGCCGGCUGAAGAAGGUGUCCACCACCACAGGGGAUGGCGUGGCCCGUGCAUUCCUUAAAGCGCAGGCUGCGUUGUUCGGAAGCUACCGGAAUGCUCUGCACAUCGAGCCGGAGGAGCCAAUCACCUUCAGUGAGGAAGCCUUCGUCACGCACCGCUCCAGUUCCAUGAGGCAGUUCCUGCAGAACGCCAUCCAGCUGCAACUGUUCAAACAGUUCAUAGAUGGCCGGCUGGAGCUGCUGAACUCUGGGGAGGGCUUCAGUGAUGUCUUUGAGGAAGAGAUCAACAUGGGAGAGUAUGCUGGUAGUGAUAAGAGUUACCAUCAGUGGCUCUCGACAGUAAAGAAAGGCAGUGGUGCCAUUUUCAACACAGUGAAAACCAAGGCCAACCCAGCCAUGAAGACCGUCUACAAGUUUGCGAAAGAUCACGCAAAGAUGGGAAUCAAGGAGGUGAAGAGCCGGCUGAAGCAGAAGGAUCUGACGGAGAAUGGGUACGGCAAUGCUGCUGAGGACCUGCAGCCACGUGCAGCUGUAUCGCCCUCUACUGACCGGAAGGAGUCCCGAACCUGGGAUGAGCGCCGGCCAAUCACUGUGCACUUUGGGCAGCCUGCACGAGUGCCACCCCCACGGCCCCCUCCUCCCAGGCUCCAGCGAGACCCCCGUCCCGCUCGCCCCCCCAGACCCCAAAUGGCAAAGAGGCCCAGGAGCAACAUGGUGCUGGAUAGCUGCCGCCCCUCCAGUCCUGAGCACUCGGUUCGGCCAACACGUCACUACACUGUCUUCCUGUCUGAGGACUCCUCUGGCGACGAGCAGCAGCCUGAAGACGGAUCAGUCUGUGGCUUCCCGGAGAGCCUCCUCUUCUCCGCCCCCUUUGAAUGGCCUCAGCCCUACAGGUCUCUAAAGGACUCGGACAUCCCAGAGGGGGAGGAGGGGCCAGGGGCGGAGCAUCCCCAUGGCCACACAGCUCCACCCAGCCCAGUGGUGGAGAAGCUGAUGGAGGCAGACCUGCUGGGCGAUAUUUUUGCCAGCCCAGAAGGGAACACGGAGGAGGAGCUACCGGGGCCGGCUAGAAGCCUGGAGGACCUUCGGAUAGCCAAGACCCCCGAGGAACAGAUUACCAAGUUUGGAUAUCAGCGUAUGGAUCUGGCUACAGCAGAAUACACCCGGACUCUCCCCAGCCUCAAACACACUCACCCCUACAGCAAGUUGUGGAGCCAGGGUCAGGACGACAUGGCACUGCCGAGUCGGGCCCCCCAGUGCUGGGAGAGGCCGCUUUCCGUGCCCCCACCGGAGCCAUCAGAGCCCCAUCCCGCCGUCCAGGAAAAGUCCGACACAGCUGCCAUGCCUUCGGCCCAAGCCAGCAUCACCAUUCCUCGCCCGCAAGGACGUAAAACCCCUGAACCUGGUAAGAUGCUGCCCCCCCCCUUGCCCCGUGCCCCUAGACAUGCGAACAUGGACUCCAGCAUGACGGCAGGGGGCCAGGAGUUCCGGCAGGCUCUCAACAUGUCGUCGUCCCCCCAGCUCCCUAGUGCUGACCUUCUGAAGCCUGAGAAGGUGGGCAGUGACAGUUUGGACCUGCUGAGUCUCUUGGACCCUCUCAACAGCACCGCCCCACAGGCACCUUCCGUGGGGAGCGAAGACUCCAAAGUAUCCGGGUCUCUUUUUGGCCCGCCCCCUACCCCCCCCACGCAGCCGCCUAACCCCUUUACGCAGACACCCCUCUACACGCCUGUCGGCCCAGCCCCCCAAUCCUACGCCCCCUCUCCCAUGGGAAACCCUUUCUGCGCCCCUUAUGUUGCUGCCCCUGCACCCUUUUUCCAGCCGCCCCCCUUCGCCGUCCCUGCAGUACCGCCCCCCUUCACGUCCCCCCCCCCCUGCCAUCGCACCAGCCUUCCUGCACGCUAUCCCUACUAAGCCAUCCUAUCCCCCAAGCCUGCUGGACUGCCCUCCAGGCCCCAUUCCCACCCCCCUGGCUUUGCCCCCCCAGUCUGAGGAAGACCCCCUGGACCCCUUUGGGGACCUUCUGGCCAUGACGAAGCCUGCAGCCCCCCCCAAGCGGAGGGUAGAGGAUAUGCGGCGGCGGUGGGAGACGUUUGAUUAGCCCCCUCCGCUGGACCCCAUAGCUGAUGAAUAAACUCUGAACAUCAGGGAAUGUGGACGUUUAGGAGGCAGUCCUGCCCUGCCCCUCCCUGGUGGCCAUGCUGCUGACUUUUUACCUGCCCCCCAGGAAUCAGACUGACGCGACUGCCAAUUCUUUGCCUCUGUUACAUGCUGUGGUGUUUGAUGGUCUUUCAACAGCUACAUUUCUUUGGGGUUUGUUCCCCUCGGCUGCAGGCAGCACAUUGGCGUCGUGCUAGACUCACAUUGGUGUCCAGUAAGCUUUGCUCUGGACUCAGCAUCUCGUUGGACUCACCUUAACAUUGUGUUACCUUCACACUGACCUUGUGUUUAGCAUCAUGUUGGCCUCAUCCUGGCCUCACCUUAACAUUGUGUUAGCCUCACAUUGGUCUUGUGUUUAGCAUCGAGGUGGAAUCACAUUGGCGUCACAUUAGCAUUGUACUGCUAGCUUUGCACUGCCCUCCCACUAGCAUUGCAAUAGCCUCAUAUUAACGACGUGUUAGCCUCGUAUUAGUGCCGCUUUAGCCUUGUGUUGGCGUCAUGUUAACAUUGUGCUGCUAGCCUCACGCUGGACUUGCAUGACCAUUUUGGCGGCUUCACUCUGGCCUCACAAUCGCAUAUUGGCAGCCUUGCACUGUCCUUUUGUUUUGCACCACAUUGGCCUCACGUUAGCAUCGAGUUGGCCUCACGUUAGCAUCGAGUUGGCCUCACGUUAGCAUCGAGUUGGCCUCACGUUAGCAUCGAGUUGGCCUCACGUUAGCAUCGAGUUGGCCUCACGUUAGCAUCGAGUUGGCCUCACGUUAGCAUCGAGUUGGCCUCACGUUAGCAUCGAGUUGGCCUCACGUUAGCAUCGAGUUGGCCUCACGUUAGCAUCGAGUUGGCCUCACGUUAGCAUCGAGUGGGCCUCACGUUAGCUCCCAGCAGCUGUGUCGGCGCGGGGGCUAUGCAGCCAGCUUGUUCACUAAAGCCACUCUCGCCAUGUGAAGAGCCCAGCGUUUAUUACUGUAGAUAUCUGCUUAAGGGUCAAGCUCCUUUUAUUUCUUUGACCAGUUCAAGUAAAGAGCAGAAUUUUAUGUGAUUGUUUUUGAACCUUUUUUGGUGUAUUAGUAAGACCAGGGCAAGGUGGUACCAGUUUGACCAAACGUGUCUACGAUGCAAGUGACCUUCGACUGGUAGUGGUGGGGGGGGUCACUUCCCUGUGACUCGACAAGGUCACUCUCUCUGUGACCCUGAGACUCUCAGCAGAACCCGUUGUGUGUUUGACGAUGUGACAGUCACCAUGUGCUCUAUAAAUUUUUUUCUAUAUAUACCAGCCUCAUUUGCUCCUGCCCAGCUCCACCCACCUUUGAAGCUCAUUGGCUGCUGGGGCUCUGCCCUUUAUACCAAGCAGUAAAGCCAGAUACCGCGGUCAAGAGAACCAAGGAACUGCAGCCCUUAGAACCCAAUGUACCAGGGUGACCCGGGCUGUCGCCUGCACUCCACCACCAGUGUGUCAUGACCAAAUGGGUUUUGUUAAAACCAAGGAAUUUAUUGACGAUCAUAUGAAUGUCGUUGUGCAAAUCACAAUGCACUGGGUCCUAGCAGCGGUCUGAUGAAGUCAAUGCAGGAGUGUGCAGCUGGGCCGUUCAGCCGAAACCAUAGAUGUCAGAAAUACAGUAGCCUGUCUUCAGAAAGAGUCUCUCAUUGGUUCAUUGGCAGCGUCAGCUUUCACACUUGGACAGACCACCCACUUUUGUCAAGUGACGCUCUUGGUUUCUUAAGUAGGGAAUUAACACCACUGAGCAUGUGUGAAUCACACACCAACAGGCCUUGAUCACCACUGAGCAUGUGUGAAUCACACACCAACAGGCCUUGAUCACCACUGAGCAUGUGUGAAUCACACACCAACAGGCCUUGAUCACCACUGAGCAUGUGUGAAUCACACACCAACAGGCCUUGCUCUUUGGGAACUUCAACAGGUAAUCGGAGAAAACACUAGUGGGCCAACUGGAUGAGAUUUGAUAUUUGACCAUUGGCAUAAACACUGUCAGAUUUUCAUUGCUCAAAGCACUCUAAGAUUUAUAGAAAUGUGAAAAUACAGACUUUCUCCAUGAUUCCACAGUUGUGAUACCCAGAGUGUCUCAGCUUUUGUGUUUUUUUUAACUUGUGAAACUCUAGUUUUGUGUUUGUUUUAUUGUUUAUUUUCAAGUGAGUCUUUAUUUCAUCAUUUUUGAUUAGGCACAGUUUCAUUAUGAGCAAGCGUGUCGAUUCCCAACAUGUCACUCACGUUUGUAAUGUGAAAGCUGUCGUGGUUCUGAACUAGAUGGGCUAAUAUCUCUGGGGGAAUUUUCUGUCUUUACUGGUGCUUCAUUUACACAGUCUGAGAUGGGGCAGAGCUUCCUCUGUCCUCUAGGGGGAACGUCUUGCCUGUGCUAAGUCACGUGACCAUAGCAGUGGCUUUUUCAUGCUGUUUGUCCUGGAAAGGAUCUCUCUCACUUCUGCCAUUGCCGAUGACUAAACCAUGACGCAGUGUUUCCUGAUCUCAGUAUUUUAUUAAAUCCGCCCUUCCCUGCCCAUUUCAGGUUUAUGGUUUGACAAAAAAAAAUAAACAACAUUGUACCAAAA